CUUUCCUGUUUUGGAAUGUUGUCUGGGUGGACAACUCAUGGAAGGUUAUCUUGUCCAUAUUGUCAUGGAUCUACGGAUGCUUUUCAACUGAAGAAUGGUAGAAAGAGUUGUUGGUUUGAUUGUCAUCGUCGAUUUCUUCCUGUUGCCCAUCCUUACAGAAGAAAUAAGACAUUGUUUAGGAAAAACAAAGUUGUCAGAGACAGUCCUCCUCCAUAUCUCACAGGCCAGCAGAUCGAGGAGGACAUUGAUUAUUACGGAGCUCAGAAAACUGUGAAGCAAGGAGGAAACUGGCAUGUUCCUGGUAAUAUGCCUGAUGGGUAUGGGGUUUCUCACAAUUGGCAUAAGAAAAGUAUAUUUUGGGAGCUACCUUACUGGAAAGAUCUUCUUUUACGCCACAACCUGGAUGUGAUGCAUAUAGAGAAGAACUUUUUUGACAACAUCAUGAAUACAAUACUGAACGUCCCAGGAAAGACAAAAGAUAACAAAAAGUCAAGGAUGGACUUACCCGAUAUUUGCUCAAGAAGUGAGUUACAUAUCAAGAGCAAUGGAAAUGUUCUUGUUCCCAUCUUUCGAUUGUCAUCAGAAGCGAAGUCAACUUUGUUUGACUGGGUUGCAUCAGAAGUGAAGUUUCCUGAUGGUUACGUUUCAAAUCUGUCAAGAUGUGUUGAACGAGGUCAAAAGUUCUCAGGAAUGAAGAGUCAUGAUUGUCAUGUGUUUAUGCAACAACUACUUCCAUUCGCUUUUGCUGAGCUCCUUCCAACAAAUGUACAUGAAGCACUUGCAGCGAUCGGAGCUUUCUUCAGAGACCUUAGCACACGUACGUUCAAGGAAGAAGUCAUCGAACAACUUCAUGAGAACAUCCCGAUCAUAGUGUGCAACCUAGAGAAGAUAUUUCCUCCAUCAUUUUUUGACGUCAUGGAACAUCUAGUUGUCCACCUCCCGUACGAAGCAUUACUUCGCGGACCUGUUCACAAUGGAUGGAUGUAUCCAUAUGAGCGCUCUAUGAAACAUUUGAAGGGGAAAGCAAGAAAUCUUGCAAAGGUGGAAGGUUCGAUUGUGGCUGGAAGUUUGACAGCAGAAACAUCUAACUUCACAUCAUACUACUUUGCUUCAACGGUUCGUAUGAGGAAAAGAGUUCCUAGAAGAUAUGAUGAUGGUGGAGUACCACAAUCUUAUGCAGUAGACGGUGUUCCUGACAUUUUCUGCCAAAUUGGACGGUUUGGUGGUAAACUGAGAGAAGUAUGGUGGUCCAGUGAUGAGGAUAAGCAUAGUGCCCACACUUAUAUUCUGCUCAACUGCGAGGAUGCUGUGAUGCGUUCUUUUGAAAGCUUGUUUGUAUCUCAAGUUGAAGAAGCAAUACCAGGAAUAUCCGGAACCGAGGUGGAUGCAAGGAAAGAUAAGCACUUUGUCAAGUGGUUAAAAGGACAUGUUGAUUAUGACGAUCCAUAUUAUCCUGUAUGGUUUCAUGAUUUGAUCCAAGGUCCAGUAGCAAAGGUCACCACAUCAUCUAUGUACUUCACACGAGGUUUCACUUUUCAUACAUAUGAGUAUGGGAGACGUCGGGCAACAAGCAACUACGGGAUAUGUGUGAAAGGUGAAACAGACUUUUACGGGAUCUUGCAAGAGAUUAUUGAAGUGGAAUUUCCAGGGUUGUUGAAGCUAAAAUGUGUCCUCUUCAAAUGCGAGUGGUUCGACCCGGUGGAGAACCGUGGUGUUCGGUUUAACAAAUUUGGUGUUGUGGAUAUCCAUUCUGGGAGAAGAUAUAACAAAUUCGAGCCUUUCAUCUUAGCUUCCCAAGCCGAACAAGUUAGCUUCCUUCCAUACCCUCGCCUUCGAAGUUCUGGGAUAAAUUGGUUAACUGCUAUCAAAAUAACACCUCGUGGACGGAUUGUUGCUGGAGAAGAACCACCUUUGCAAGAAGAAGAUGCAAUCAAUGAAGUUGAGGUACCUGAUCAACAAACUGAUGAAAUUCUUUUGAUCGACCCGGAUAACCGUCAAUAUGAAGAUCUUCCCGAAGAUGUGACGGAUGAAGCACGUGAAGAUGAGUUCGAUAGAAGCGAUGAUGAUCAUUGUAGUGAUGUUGAUGAGAACUCAAACGAUUCUUCAUGAUGUAAAAUAUGUA